AUGACUCCUCAGCCAGGUUCGCACAAGAUGAAGUGCGAGGCAUGCAACCAGAAGCUCUGGAACGUCGCCUUUGACAACGGCGAAGCGUUCGUGUGCAAACGCUGCAUCGUGACCCGACGUCUUGACAUGGAAGACGCGGUCAAAGCGUUCAUCGAGUCCGUCACCUCCGACCAAAAGGACAAGCACCGUCCUUAUUCGAUGCUCGAGCUCUUCACUUCGCUCAAUGCGAUCCAGGGUCUUCUCGCUCAGACGCAGAAGCCUGCUCAGAGCGGCAAGGAGUCCAAUGAGACAAACGAGUAA